CAUAGAUCGCACAGGAGGUAUCCAGAUAAGCUUCGUAAUCGUGUUCUCAACAAAUUUCCAUUUAACACCACUCGCCAAACCAUGGACCAUCAUCAUCAGCUCAAAAACGAAGCCGCCUUUGUUCAAUCGAUGGCGGCGCCAAAUCCCGCCCUCAUAGAGUUUCGUCAACCUCAGCCUCCUGAUCCGCGCGUCCCCGCCACUCACCCCCAACCUAAAUCCAGUCAAAGGCCUGAAGGUGAAAUUAAGGAUUGCGUUGCUGCGAGAAAAAUUCAGAAGGCUGAUCGUGAGAGGUUGAGGAGGGAUCGGCUUAAUGAACAUUUUACAGAAUUGGGGAGCACUUUAGAUCCCGAUAGGCCCAAAAACGACAAAGCAACCAUUCUAGCUGAUACAAUUCAGUUGUUGAAGGAUCUAACAUCUCAAGUCGAUAAACUCAAAGCGGAGUAUACGACACUGACAGAAGAAUCCCGUGAGUUGACACAGGAGAAAAAUGAUCUUAGAGAAGAGAAGGCGUCUCUUAGAUCUGAUAUCGAGAAUCUUACCACUCAGUAUCAGCAAAGACUCAGGGCAAUGGUCCCAUGGGCUGCUAUGGAUCAUUCAGUUGUCAUGGCCCCACCUACUUAUCCAUUCCCUAUGCCAAUGCCAAUGCCUCCAGGGCCAAUUCCCAUGCAUCCAUCAAUGCAACCAUACCCCAUCUUUGGAAAUCAGAAUCCUGGGGUCAUUCCUAACCCUUGUUCAACGUUUGUACCAUAUAUGGCUCCUAAUUCAGUGGUUGAACAGCAGUCAACACAAUAUGUAUCUCCAGUUGUGCAGUCAGGCAGUAGGUCUCAUGUGUCAGGUAAACAAGAUUCUGGAAACAAAUCAUCUGGGGAGAGCAAGAUUGAGAAAAAUGAGGAUUCUAACGAUGUCAUGACCGACCUUGAGCUGAAAACUCCUGGAUCAACUACAGAUCAGGAUUUGUCCUCCGGACAAAGAAAAUCCAAGAAGUCUCUAAGGAAGGAAAGUAACGUUACAGAUGGCAGUUCUUCAAGUAGGUGUUCUUCAUCUCGGAGCUUACAAGAUAGCUCAUCCAAUAGCAUAGUUGGUGGCAGAAAGCCUGAUGACUCAGAAGGGGCAAAAAGUUAAAAAGCACGAGAGGAGCCAGAGUGCAGAAUUCUUUUGCUAUCAUAAGCAAUUCUGAGAUUGGGCUUUGGUGGGCAUCUCCAAUUCUUACUUUGUGAAGGCUGUGUGGAAGGUGUAUGAGGCUCAUUGUCCUCUUUUUCUUGGUGAGGAACAUGCUAACGCUAAUAUAAGUGAGAGCUUGUUGUUGUCAGGAAUAUAACGUUGGCAGCUUUAGUUUGUUCUUGGGGCAAAAUAUAGAUGUCAGAGUAGGAAUUUUUCUAAUGUUUGAUUGGACAAACACUUAGACUGUAGGUUAAUAUCUUCAAAAUUUUCUAUUAUGUUAACAAAUUAGGUUUGUAGUUCUAGUUGUAAAUUGUAGUAAUAAUUUUUAACAAACUGUAACUCUUACGUUGGGUGUGUGGAUCAAUCAAUAACUUUUGUAUUGCGUGGUAAA